GCGAGAACUAUGUUUGGAAUUCGAAUUAAGAUUUUGACUAGGCUGGAGUAAAGAAAAAACCUGGGAGAAAUAUCCUGAAAAAUUCUAACUCACCCACCUAGUUCUCUAAUCAAGUUGUUAAUCAUGGUUACCAGCUCUCUUGCAAAGAUUCACAAUGUCAAUACUUUGAAACCGUCUGGACAAAAAUCCUAAACAGUUACAAUAGAAACUGAUAACACCAAUGCUUGGGAAUCAAAGAAUCAUCAUCAAAUCUCGUAAGAAUGUCUUGAUUUGCAAAUCUGACGGAUCUUUCGAUAUUUUUUGCUAAGAUUCUCUUAUGAUGCAGAGUUGGAUGAAAAUUUUGAAAGAACAUGAUAAAGUCCCGCUAGAACUUUCUGUGCUAAUCCUAUUAAUAUGUGUUUAGAAUCGAGAAUGUAUCCUGUGAUGAUUCUGCAUUUCUAUUUCAAAACUAAAAUUUCAAGCAGAAUUUGUAGACAUCCAUUGAGUAGGAUCGUUUAAAGUCCUCAUUGAAUCCUAACAUUUUCCAAAUAAAGAUCUUUUUUAGAAUUACAAUUCACCUUUCCAAAAUUCAAGAUGCUUAUUCUGGAAACCGAUCGAAAUACGAUUCUGAAUAUCUGUAAUGAGAAUUCCCAACACAAUUAUACCAAGCUGGCAUCCUUUUCCCAUAUAGCUAUUAAUUCUACUAGCAUCUCUGUUCAAAGUUUUGAGCCAGACCUUGACAAAAUUCUGAUAGAAUAUCACCUGAACCUUGUUGGAAGUCUAACAAAUGUUACAAAAGAGGUCGCCAAUGAACCCUUUUGUUGUCUCAUGAUUAUCUUUGUAAGGUUUAGGUUCGCUUUGCAACGACUCGAAAUGGUGAUUCUUCGACACUUUCGGGCAUAAUCCUAAACAUUUAAACUGGAGAUUUCGAUAAAUGAUCUGUAUCAAGUUUGAAGGAUCGUCAUAAGCUAUUCUCAAACUUUCUGAUGGUAGAGUUCUCAUAGAUCUCGUUCAAAGAUAGAAACUCGUAUUAACGUUAGAAGAUUGGUUAAGAAAACAUAAUUUAUAUCAUGUGGUUCGGAAAUUUGUUCCACGAUGUGAAAAGCAUCCUCAAAGGUGUACACUAAACCCGUGCAGCUUCCCAAAAACAUAGGGAUUAGAUUUGACGUUUGUUGUUCAAGGAAAAUUUUUGAUUGCUUUAAGCCUAGUCUAGUCUUCAUAUAAAUGAAAUUCUAACAUCCCAAUGUUGUUCUGUCGAACGCUUGCAUCGGAUUACCAUUGUUCUUUCUUGCAAAAUCUCCAUACAGUGAUCCCCAGAUGUGGUUUCCAUCCACUAGGAAGAUUUCAUUUUUUAACAUUCAAAAAAAUCUUAGCAAUUAUUAGAAGUGACAUAGAUAUAAGAAUCAGUAGAAGAUCCUUCUUUUCAUAGAAACCUAGCAAGAGAUUUCUGGAUUUACAUCUAUGGCAAGAACAUUGCAAAAAGUUUUACCAGACUUAUUUCGAAGACUAAAGCCCCACGAGAGAGUGCAUCUCUUCGACAAUGACAAUGAAGAUUUCUUUUCUUUUUCGUUCAUUAUAGUGAUUCCUAAUAUUCCUGCCGAUGCGCAAUGGGCACAAACUGGUGUGACCGUUGCUGGAGGUCAUGGACGAGGCAAUGGCACCAAUCAACUCUAUCGUCCUCUUGGUCUUUUCGUUGAUGAUGAUCAAACGAUGGUCAUUGCUGACUUUGAGAAUCAUCGUAUGAUGCAAUGGAAGAUAGGUGAUACGAAGGGACAAGUUGUAGCUGGUGGCAAUGGCCUAGGAUAUCGAUUGGAUCAAUUCAAUUUUCCAAGUGAUGUAUUGAUUGACAAAGAGACAGAUAGUCUCAUUAUUUGUGACAAUGACCGAGCCGUACGAUGGUCUCGUCGUAGUGGCACAACUCAAGGAGAACUCCUCAUCAAAGGCACUUCUUGUGCAGGACUGGUCUUGGAUAAUCAGAGAAAUCUCUACAUCGCUGCCAUGAGUAGUGCUGUAGUAAGACGAUAUCGAAUAGGAGACCAGAAUGGAACUAUCGUAGCUGGUGGCAAUGACUGGGGUUCUCGUUUAAAUCAACUCAACACUCCAGUUCGUAUCUAUGUCGAUGAACAAGAGGCUGUCUACGUGUCAGACAGCGGAAAUCAUCGUGUGAUGAAAUGGAACAAAGAUGCAAAAGAAGGAAUUGUUGUCGCUGGGGGUCAAGGCCAAGGGGAUGCUCUUACACAAUUGUCGAAUCCUUGGGGACUGUUCGUCGAUACAUUGGGUACCAUCUAUGUAGCAGAUCGCAAUAAUCAUCGAGUGAUGCGUUGGCCUCAAGGAGCGAAACAAGGCACUGUCAUUGUAGGUGGCAAUGGUCAGGGAGAAGGAGCUAAUCAGUUCGAUCAUCCCAUUGGUUUGUCUUUCGAUCGACAUGGUAAUUUAUAUGUCACCGAUCAAUAUAAUCAUCGUAUUCAACGUUUUUCUAUAGAAUAG